AUGUCAACAUCAGCAAAGCGACGACGAACCUCACCCACUACGUAUGUGCCUAUCAGCGACGAGGACACCCAGACUUCACGACUUGAGAAACACGUCACGCCCAAGCGACACUUGUAUCGAUCACCUACGAAGUCCUCUCUUGCUAGAUCGCAUCCUAAGGUUCUACAACAGACCCAAGAAGCUAAAGAGCGAAGAGAGUCCGUGCCGAACAGAAGGCAGAGUUUACUGGAUGCAGUAAUGAACAACAAACCGUUGUUUUGGUCACAGAACGAGCGUUCGGAGCAACCUCAGCCUUCUGUGUCAGACAGAGCACCUGAACCUGUACACCGUACACCUGCUACCCCGAGAGCCAGCAACGUGAUAACAGAUAUCGCGAGCGUCUUCAGGGACAUAGUGCCACGAGCUUCCUCCUCCCGACCUACACCUGGCGAACGUGUCAUCUCCGAAGUCCAGCCCGAAAUUCCAACACCGCGUCGUAGAUGGGUUUCACCUGUCGCUUCUCCACGUAUAGUGCCGAAAUUGGUCAAGAGUGCAAGCAAAAUCGCUGCAGAAAGAUCUCGCAGAAGCAGUUCUGUAGAACUACCACCUACGCCAGUCCAGUUGGGGAAAGACCCAGUUCCAGAACGACCUAGAGGUCUGCUUACAAGUAGUCCAGGUGGAGGUGGGAGGAGGAGAGAUAGAGCACGAGGUGGAGCCAUUACGAGUAGUCCGUUGAAACCAAGGAAUGUCGCACCUACGCCGCCAGCACCACUUGAGGUGGACGAUGAAGAUGUUGUACAAAUGGAGGCCGCAAGUGGGAUUGGUGACGAGGAUGAGCGGACGGCACGCGAGGAAGAGGGUUUAGGUGAGCUAAUAUUAGAGUUGUCACAAUCAGAGGGCGAGCAUACAGCUGCUCAACAGCAUGAAGAGCAAGACCCAGAGAAUGAGACUGCAAUACAGCUUGCGGAUAGCGAAGUGCACUUGCCAGAGGCUUCACCAGAUGAAACAGAGCAUGUAUCUUCAGGUAUUGACCAAGAAGCAGAAUCGGAAAUUCCACAACAACUGGAGCACUCGCGGUCUGACGGAAGGGAACAAGCUGAACCAGCAGUAGGAAAAACACCCCAUCCAUACCAGCCAGAGGACAUGCCGGCAGACAAGGAAGAACAAGCGACUUAUGCGAACGCCAACCUUGCACAACCCAAAGAUGUCGAGUCCACCGAUAUAGCAGACGAAAGCGACGACCCGAUCGUCCAAGGCAAAAUUGAAGAGCUCAAAGCACUACAAGCACAGCUCGAGACUCUGGGGGCAAACUGCGGCAGAAUAGAAGCCGUCAGUAAGAACCUGCAGCAAACAACGACACAGGAACGGUCCGAUCAAGCUGUCGAGGAAGCUCUCGAACUACUCCUCGAUGCUCUUCCAAUAGCAUCCUCGACAUGGCCAGUUCCUCAAGAAGAUGCUCAGAUGUUCAGUAGACAGGCCUCGAAAUACCUAAACCUUUUCGCACAAAGCAGUCUACAGCUUUCUCAUAGUACCAAUGAAAAGACGAUCGGGAACACUCAACAUACAGCUCAUCAGAUUACCCUCACAGCUCCUGCUCCUUGGCCAGCUAGCAUCUUGGACGUUAAUCUUGAAUCCACUAUGGACACGAGCUGCAACGUCAUGGAAAUUGUGUUGACUAGAAACAACGAAAUCCCACAUGUGCUCAGGAAAUGGAUAGAAACCAGACUUGAGGACCCAGUACUGAAGUGUGAUCUCGCUACGAUCGCGACAGGAAUAGGACAUUACUUCCGAGAGGACGUUAAGCGUGCAAAAGUCUUUCAGAUCCUACAGAACAUCCAAGAUCCAAGCCCGAACACAGACGGCACAAUCACCCAUCUCGACAGUGUCGUCUCCAACAUCAACGAAGCAAUGGCCCUUCUGCCCUACCUCAACACAUCCUUCCAUUCCUUCACCAUCGGACCAAAGCCGCAGCAAGAACCUCGGACCCGUCGAUCGUCCAGCAACACCCAACAAAUCAUGCUCAAAUACUCUAUUGCCCUGGAUUGGAUCGGUCAGCCAGCCAUCGAGACAGAUAUAUGUCCAGUCGGGUUCUGUGUAGAUACCGUCAAGCACACUAAGAAUUUAUUCCGACAGAUUCAGGAGAUUGAAGGGGUUGUGGUGGCUUUUCAGAAAGUGUGGGAGCUGCUUGGGGCGGGUACGGUGGAGGAUCAUGACAAGGGAACGAUGAGGAAGGGGAAGAGUAGGGCGAGGAGGAUGACUGUGUUUGAUUAG